GAGCCUGGUUCAUGGUUGACGCUCAGCUUUACGGCACUGCUGUUUAUUUUGUUUGGUUUGGUAUUAUUAUUUCACAAAAUGAGCGCGGAUAAAGCAAAGAAUAUCAGCGCCAUCCCUAUAGACGGAUUCAGCAAAGUGCGCAUUACAUCAACGUGGACUUUUCUACAGUCUAUCCAGUGGUCUGAGCCAUGGCUCAUUGGUCUGAUUUCUUUUCACAUCCUGUGCUUUGCUUGUACUAUCCUGACCUGCAGGUACUACAGACUCCAGAUCUUCCAGUUCCUCCUGAUGGUUGCGAUGGUGUACGGUGCGGAAUAUGUGAACGAGGUAGCUGCCAUGAACUGGAGAUCGUUUUCCAAGUUCCAGUACUUCGACUCCAAGGGGAUGUUCAUAUCGUUGGUGUAUUCGGCACCACUCCUGCUCAACACUAUCAUUAUCGUGGCCGUAUGGGUGAGGAGGACAUUUGUGACCAUGACAGAGCUGAAGACGCUGCAGCUGAAGAGGAAAGCUGCCAGAGAAAGCGCUAAGAAAACCCAGUAGAGAGAGAAUAAAGUGGACUGAGCCAAACUCAGACUUAUUCCCCACUAAAGAGGCGCGAGAUACUAGAACUCAGCAGACGACAUCCUUCUAACGCUGACCGCAGAACUCAUCAGUUCAUGGCUAAAGAAAGCUUACGGAUCAUCACAUGUCCUGGGGAGAGAUGUCUGUCUAAAUACCCCACACACCUGGAGCUGAGUAUUGUAGCUACCCCUCAAGUGGACUGAUGGAGACAGAAAAGCUCUGAUUGUCAGCCAUAACUCUUAAAACAAACUUUUUUUUUUUUUUUUUAAACAGUUUCGUCAUGUAUGCAUGGGAUAAUCUAAAUCAUGUGUAUAAAUAACAUUUGUUUCAAUAAACUGAUCUGUUUUUAUGAUAAA